AAGCCUCAAAAAGCAGAAUCAUGACCAGCAACUUUUCCCAACCAGCCCUGCAGCUCUGCUAUGAGAACAUGAAUGGAUCCUGCAUUAAAACUCCCUAUUCACCAGGGCCCCGGGUCAUCCUGUACAUGGUCUUUGGCUUUGGGGCUGUGUUGGCAGUGUGUGGGAACCUCCUGGUGGUGAUUUCAGUUCUCCAUUUCAAGCAGCUGCAUUCCCCAGCCAAUUUUCUCAUCGCCUCUCUGGCCAGCGCUGACUUCUUGGUGGGCAUCUCUGUGAUGCCCUUCAGCAUGGUCAGGUCCAUCGAGAGCUGCUGGUANUUUGGAGAUANAUUUUGUAGCCUUCACNGUUGCUGUGANGNNGCNUUUUGNUANUCUUCUNNCNUCCACCUNNGCUUNAUCUCAGUGGACAGGUACAUCGCUGUCACGGACCCUCUGGUCUAUCCCACCAAGUUCACAGUGUCUGUGUCUGGAAUUUGCAUCAGCAUCUCCUGGAUUCUGCCCCUGGUGUACAGCAGUGCAGUGUUCUACACNGGCAUCAGUGCUAAGGGGAUUGAAAGCUUAGUAAGUGCUCUUAAUUGUGUAGGGGGCUGNCAAAUCGUUGUCAAUCAAGACUNNGUUNUGAUANNNUUUCUUCUAUUCUUCAUNCCUACCCUUGUUAUGAUCAUUCUUUACAGCAAAAUAUUUUUGGUAGCCAAACAGCAAGCUGUAAAAAUCGAAACUUCUGUAAGUGGCAACAGAGGUGACUCAUCCUCAGAGAGUCACAAAGCCAGAGUGGCCAAGAGAGAGAGGAAGGCUGCAAAAACCUUGGGGGUCACUGUGGUGGCGUUUAUGGUCUCGUGGCUCCCAUACACAGUUGACGCAUUGGUUGAUGCUUUCAUGGGCUUCAUCACUCCUGCCUAUGUCUAUGAAAUCUGUUGCUGGAUUGCCUAUUAUAACUCAUCCAUGAACCCUUUGAUUUAUGCUUUCUUUUAUCCUUGGUUUAGGAAAGCCAUAAAGCUUAUUUUAAGUGGGGAGAUUCUGAAGAGUCAUUCAUCUACCAUGAGUUUGUUUUCAGAAUAAGUACUAACACCAAGUUGAUGAUGUUAAGAAUAUCUCCGCAUUUAGUAAGUGAGGAUGAA